GUUGUCAAAAAAUCAGUACGGGUACAGAUUGCUGGUACUGUAAAAGACAAAUUAGCGCUGUUGGGAGCUAGCAACGGCGAAAACGGGGAUAAUGCUGAUGAAGAUUCCAUAAUAGUCGGACGAGGUGAAGGACCAAGCAAACGGGUUGCAAAAAUGGUUGCUGCAAAGCAAGCACUAGCGGUGCUUAUCCCCGAAAUACGGUUCAAUGAUGACUACAUGGCGACAAUUCAACCUCCAGAUGCUACUGAGAAGAAUUACGAUGACCAGGCUAUCGCAUUAUUCGACGAACUGCCUAUCGAAGACCCACGAAUAUCCGAUCUUGCUGUGCGCACUUGCCUACCGAAACCAAUGAUUCUGCUGAAAGUGGGUUUUUAUGCUUUGUCGAUGUUAACAACGAAGAAACUGUGGUCAGCGUAA